UCAUAAUAUUGUUCUCUCGUUUGUCUCGAGCUACGCGUGCAACAUAAUAGUAUGGUGGUGAUGAGGAACUGCCCGAAACCUAUCCCAUCGAGAGAAAAUCUAGCUGUUGUGUAAAUAGCGCGUAGUGGUGUCUGCGCGUGUGUUAUGCGCAUUCGCGGGGACAGAUGAGCGCGGGAUCGCGGUGGUCAGACGCGAGGGGACUGUAGCACGGAUGCUUCUACGAGAAACGUUGAAUGGAGUUUAUACAAAGUGUUGGGUAGCGUACAAUUAACGUUCUUCGCGCGUCUUCCUUCAUUCAAACACGUAGAAUAAGGGUUCGGUCCCAAGGGGACCUCACGAUGGACGGGGCCAACGUGAAUGGCGGGAACGCCGAGGAGGCGCGCGAUAAUCCUAACCUAGAACUCAUUGGAAUGUCGGAGAUUGAAGAGACGCAGGUUAAAGUGGAAUCAAUUGCAAUAAUGGACGGUCAAGAAGUGAACGGUGACGUUAAAGGUUCAUCGAAAAGGAGUCCUACUCCGGUCGUUAGAAGAAAGUUAAGGAAGUUCAAGGCCAAUUCGACUAGUACCAUUGAAAGUGAUACAAGUACAAAGGAACGCAAGCGUAAGCUUUCCGAACUUGAUGAUGUUAGCUCUGAGGAGUCUAUGGAAUUCAAUGGAUUUGAUGCACAGUGGGCUAAUGAAAUGGAACCAGGCAGCAAUGUUCUGAGAAAAUUAAUUGCUGAAGCUGAGGUGGCAGAAGCCCAAUUGGUAAAACGGUAUAGAUAUAGCACGAAAAAGAAUUUUGAUGGGAGGAAUGAUGAAGAUUCAGAUGACAAUAGAAUGCAUAAUUAUGAUACUGAACAUAUGUUAUAUAUACACAAAAUAAAGAAGGAAAAAGAAUCUGAUAGAUCUGAAACAGAUUCAAUCGGAUUACCAAAUACUGUGGAAUCUGAAACAGACGUACAAAAAACAGAAGAAACUUCAGUUAAGUCAACAAACUCGUCUGCUGCUAGUAGUCCAGCAACAUCACUGAAAUCUAGAGGUAGUCGUAUGACGCGUGUAGUCAGUCCAGGAAGUACGGUAAAACAAAAAGUGGUUGUUGAUAUGUCAAACCCUGCGUUCAAAGAACCUUUUAAAUAUGGUUGGAAGAGAGAGUUAGUGUUUAGAGCAAGCACUGAUUCAACCCUUAAAAGAAUGGCUGAUAUAUACUAUUAUACACCAAAGGGGAAAAAAGUUCGAAGUUUCAGAGAAGUUGCAGAAUUUCUUAACACGAAAGAGUUAACUAUUGAUAACUUCACAUUCUUCAAAGAACCAAUUGGUAUAGACGAUCCUGAGAAGGAAAUUAUUCGAGAUGCAAAAAGAAUGAGAGGAUCUGUAGCAGCAACGCCGCCAAGGAAAAGCCUGACAUAUAAAAGAAGUACACCUGGAAGGAAAGCUGCGGAACCAUCACCUCCUGCUCCUAUAUCUGUGCCUACAAAAGCUUCUAAAUCGCCAAAAGCUCAAUCAGCAGGAUUCAGAGUUAAAGUGCCUGGAAAAAGAACCCCUCAAAUAACAGAAAUAAAGUCAUCUGAAGAAAGCGAGAUGCUCCCACCGCAAAGAACUACGACCACAAGAAGAAGUCAGCAGAUCGUAGAAAAACCACCACCUCCUAAACCUAAAAGACAAUUAACGCCCAAAGUUCAAGAACCAUGCAGUAUAAGAUGCUCAACGAGUAUGGGGUUGAUACCGAGCUUGCAAUGUAGCGUGUGUCUCUGUUUAUACCAUCCUGAGUGUGUUGGUGGUACGGAAUUUACGGGAAGUGAUGAUUACGUUUGCAAGAACUGUCAGCAGGAUACUACUGAAUCUCAGCAACCACAAACAAAUCCAUCUUUGACACCUCCUCCGUUAAUACCAAUUAGUAUGCUAGGCGCGCAAAGUGCAAAGACAAAGCAUCAAGUAAAUUCAACUCCACCGAGAUUGCAAAGAAUUCCAAAAUCUGAUAGCACAGACUCACAGCCCCGAAAUGCUACCAAAGUUUCGAAAGCAUCCACUGCAGCAUCGUAUUCCCCUUCGAAUUCAGAGAAAAAAGAAAGCAGUUGGUAUUCACAGACAGAAAAUGAAUUUUUACAAAGUCACGAUGGAACAUUACCGAAACCAGCUCAAAAUAUUGCCCUGAUGGGAGGGAAAAAAUAUAUAGUUGUGCCAAAAAAUAAUGCCAUGGCUGUUCAGCCAGCCAUAACAGUGAAACCUGAUAAAAUUGGUGAUAAACCUCCCAUACUUCAGGAUGGUUCGCUUACUGAUAUUAUGAACACUGCGGAAAACUCAUUGAUCGCAAAGUCGCAUAUUCCAUCGUCGGUAAAUUCUUUAGGGAAAGGUUAUGUCGAUAAAUCAAGUGACAGAAAUGUGUCGAAAGAUGUAUCACAGACAGAAGUUGCUGCGUGUGCUGUAGAGGAAAGAUUUGAAGAGACGUGCAAUAACAGCAGUAAAGUAGAAACGUUGACUGCAAACAGAUUAGAAAACGAUACGUCCAAUAUAAGGACAGAUUUUACAGAAGAAGACCAGAAAUCGACGACGAGUAUCAAAUCACCUGAAAGGACGGCAAGAAAGCAAAACCAGCAGGAAAAAGAACAACAACAACAUUUUAUGGAUUCAGUCUGUGCUGGUUAUCAUGCCUUGCUACGUAUAUUCCAAUAUCUUAAGGUUCAAGAGUUGCUUCGAGCUGCUAGAGUGUGCAAAAUGUGGAGGGACUUGGCUGCACAUCCGUCACUAUGGAAAACUGUGCGAAUGAAAAAUAGUCAAGUGACGGACUGGGAUGGUUUAGCGGAUACACUGCAAAGGCGUGGUACUCAACAUUUAGACCUCCGAAAAAUGCUUGUAGCGGGCGAGUCUGAUAGCAUUUGGAAAAAGUUCUUGACAGUAAUACCACGUGUAACUAGUCUUGUCAAGUUGGAGUUAUGCAGAUGUCCUGUAAUAGUAGUAGAAGAAGUUAUAAGCAGUUGUCCUCAGCUGGAGGUGUUGAGUGCAAUGUCAAUAAAAUGCGAUUCCUUAAACUUGGAAUCGGUUGGAAAUCUCAAACGUUGUCAAGAAUUGAGGCUGAAGGCAAUUAGCGGAAUGUCUCUCCAAGAAGAUCUCACGCCUUUACAGGAACUAACACAGUUAUCGCAACUCAGUUUAACAUCCGUUAAGGAACUUGGAAAGAAGAAAAUCGAAAUAAUACAAAAUUUAUCAAACUUGGAAACAUUGGAAUUAGGAGAAUGUUCCGAUUUUCCAGACAAAUUUGGCACCACUGUUUUGAUAAAGUUACAAAAAUUGGAGCGUCUCAGGCUUGAAAAAGGGCAAGGGUCGUGUUGCACAUUCGAUAUUUUGGAGGGUGUGUCCAAGCUGCAAAAUUUGAGUCAAAUGGAGUUGGUCAACUUUGACGUUAAAAAUGGCUUCGACAAAUGUCUUGCGAAUUGUAAAAAUAUUAAAAGGCUAUUAAUUAUACCAACUUACAUAUCCCAGUCGGCAACGUCUAACAAUAUGGUGCUCGGUGGUGUUACUGAAUUGUCAAACAAUUUGACACAUUUCGUAUGGGGCGUUACACUUGAAUUACUUAGGGUUACAGAACUAUUUGUUGACCAGUGUAAUUUAAUGAGUAAACAAGUCACUGGUGAUUCGAUACCAGUUUUAAAGCCAGUACCCUGUUUAAAAUUAAUCGAAGAUGUUGAGGAUGAAAAUGACAAUCAAAAAGGUGAUGAUAAACAACAACCAAACUUAACAAAUCCUCAAGUGGACAUACUACCAUUGCCACAACUUCAAAAACUAUUAUUAACUGCGUUGCCCAAAACACGAGUUAAAAUCUUGAAGAUUCCCUUCCAUGCAACAUGGCGACAAAGCAUUUCAGACACUGCUACACAAUAGAAACGAAUUAAAUAAAAUUGUAUAAAUACACAUGCUACAAAGGAAAGAAAAUAACCCGAUAUGAGAGAAUUUGAAGUUUUGUGAAUCUGACUCCACAGUGUCUGCACAACUUAUUCCAGUUAUUGUGAAUUGGAUGAAAAGUAAUUUAAUAUUUAUGUACUAUGUGUUUUGUAGUCUUCGACAAUUCCCCUUGAAUAGUGUACUGAUACACUCCAGUAAUUACACAUACUGUUCUCGUUGAAGUUUUUAGUGAUAAAAACAGGGGACCAUAAAUGCAUUGCGUGCUGUUUCGGCUACAAAGCAAAAUACCGUGAGAGGCUGGUAUCCUUGUGUAAAUCGUCUGAACAAAGAAAAUCUUACAUUUUUUAGACUGUAAUACAUGAUACACUUUUCAUAUACAAUCCGCAGACUAUUUGAUAUACUGUAAUGUGCAUCUGCGUGAAAUGAAAUGUCUGAAUUCUAACAAAAGCGGAUGUACAUGUUUAGAAUAAUUACUGUGUGAAAAUUAAGAUUUAUGAAGGCGUCGCGCACAUUUAUUAAAAGGGGAUUGAUAAAUGAAGUUACACAGUUUUCGGUUUUUACAAAUGUGGAAAACUAUUGAAAGUAAGACGUUGAGUCAAGAUAAAUUAUACAUUUUAUUUCGUGACAUACAACGGACUUCGGUGAAUUUCUAUUGAGGUAGCAGUGAAAGAGGAAACGAAAUCAUGUGGUCUAUAGGCUCUAUUUAGAGGUUAGGCUGUAUAAAUAACGAUAUAUAUUACUGUAACUGUAUGUGUAUCUUUAAUAUUUAAGAUACGAGUUUUCCGCUGCAAAGAAGUUAAGGAGAAGUUUAUGGGUAAUGUUGUAGAAUCUGUAAUAUACUUACGGUUCUGCAUAAUUCGUAAUCAAAUAUAUUAUUAUAAAAACGUAGUGGUUUAUCUAUAUUCAGUACAAAUUGCGUAAUUAUGAUAAAUUCCCAGGCAGG